GAACUGAACACAGAACAUAAACUGAUGCGGUAAUCUGCCAGGGAGGAGCAUAUUGUCCCACACACAAAACAGAGCGCAGCGUGAAGGGAAUGGUAAGACGGAACAAGAGGGCGAAGAUCGGAAGAUACAUGUCGUUGUACAACUAUGUCUACCUUUCUUAUUGCAAUGUUAACCAUCCUGUUGCCUCUCUUUCUAUUUUGUUUCUUUCUGGAGCCCAGGAAAAGGCGUCCCGGUGAGCCACCGUUAGAAGCAGGCUGGAUCCCGUUUCUUGGUGUGGCGUUAGAUUACGGCAGAGACCCAUUGGCUUUUCUACGGGAGACCCAGAAGAAGUGUGGAGAUAUCUUUACGUGUAAAAUCGCUGGAAAGUAUUUCACAUUUAUAACGGAUCCUUUUUCUUUCCCGGCUGCUGUCCGACAAGGAAAGAACUUAGAUUUCCAGAAGUUCGCCAUCGGAUUCUCUCAGCGGGUCUUUGGUCAUGCUGAUUUCACAGCAGAUGUACAUAAUGGCAGUUACAAAGAAGUCCAUUCUUUAUUUCAUCAAACACUGCAGGGACCAUCACUCACACUGUUGACUCAGAGCAUGUUGGGUAACCUGCAGGAAGUGUUGAGACAGAACCUACCCAAGGGAGAGGACUGGGAGGAGGAGGGGCUCCAGGGUUUUUCUAAUCGCAUCAUGUUUGAUGCUGGAUUCCUAACACUAUUUGGGCAAGAGGCAGGACUAACGGCAAAAGCAGAUGAUAGGCAAGCCAAGACAGAUCCAUACAUGCGCAAGAUGGCCAACGACUUCUUGGUUUUUGACCGUGCCUUCCCAGAGAUGGCAGCGGGACUGCCCAUCCACCUGUGUGUACGAGCGUGGCUGGCACGCGAGUCCUUGGCUGAAAAAUUCCUCCAUGCUCGGCUGCAACGACAUCACAGUAUUUCCGCUCUCAUCAAGCUCAGGAUGGAUGCCUUUGACCGCAUGCAGCUGGAUGAGCGGGGCAAGGCCCGCACCCACGUGUGCAUGCUCUGGGCUUCCCAGGCCAACACUCUGCCGACUGCCUUCUGGAGCUUCUACCGCAUGCUCAGGUACUAAAGGGUUUGUAGUGCAGGCUGUUCAUUUGAGAUAAGGAAGGGAGAGACUAAAGGGACUAACCCUUGCAGUUCACAAAUCAUAAUCUAAUUUUUUUGUUACACAAAACAUGUGAAAAAGAAUGUGAAAUUAAAACUAAUUUAGUUGAGGACUUUUCACAGCGGCCAAGCCUCUCAUUGUCACAUACUAGCACACAUAUCUAAUAACAGAACCUAACCAAACAACAGUUACUGCAGUAUAAUGAUAUGGCCAUACAUCUGCAGUAAGUAACCAUUCCAGGGGAGGAAUAUCACUCAGCUCUGAAAGCUCCCUUUUUUGGAGGGCAUUUCAGAGCAAGGCUAGAGUAGAUCAAAUGUGAGAUGUUAACUGGGUCUUCAGAUCUUCCUGCCCCUGUGUGUCUUACUUGGAUAUUUCGAUACAUUUACAAAACAAAUGUCUCAACCUCUAAGGAAGAAAACCCAGGUAAAGUAAUAUGCAAACGACAAAAGAAAAUAUUUAGCAUCUAAUGAAAAAUAGAUUCAACGGGAAUAUGUCAGCACAAAUAUUUUCAUUUUGAUUUCUCUUUCAAACUAUGAACCAUGAAUACAAAUCAACGCUCCAUGCAGACGCAAAACUAAAACAUAUAAAGUAUUUCAUACUGGAGUAGCUAGCAGUAACUAGCAGCCUCGUUUUAAAAGUUGCUUCUAAAACAAAGGCAAACUGCAGUAUCUGACAUUCUUCAUUGUGAAACCAAGGCCAAUGCAUUUAGUGCACUCUGCCUUGGUUUCAUAGGGCAGUUUUGCAGAUACUGCCAUUGAAUUAGGCCCACGACACCUCCAGAAGGCUCAACAGUGGUGUCUGGCGUCCUCGACCGACCCCCUCCAAACCCAUGGCGGGUUUGGACACGUGCCACUACCAGAGACAACAACAGAUACAUCUCAGGGGCAGCACGGUGGCUCAGUGGUUAGCACUG